AUGAUAGUCAGAACGCCUCUUGCGGACUGCACGGUUGGAACCUUCCAGGAGGAGAAUGUGGCUAACGGGGUUUCCGGGUGUGCGAAGCGAUUAAUGAAAAGGACAUACACUCACAACCCCUACCGCCAUAUUACCGUCAUACCUGUCUCGGUUGCUGGACCAUGCGAUUGGGCGCGAUCACAUGAGGCCGCUUUUGGCGCCCCGGUUUUCGCUCCGAAUCGGGGCGUGGACGUUGCGCAACCGCCACACACAUAUGGUGAACCCGCCUCUUCCAGUGUUCCAUGCCAUGAGGGUGGCAUGUGUCCAAGGUCAAUGACUUAUGCUCGUUACGGAGCGGCACCGUACGCAUGCCCAGCAACCGCGGCGUACGAGGCCCCCAUGGAGGUUGAUGAAAGCAUUAAUACGAGUAUAGGCGCCGACAAAACUGUGAAUCUCAGCAACAGCACCGUAUCCUGUUGCAACGCAGGAACCCCAACCACUUCCACACCGAACAAGGGAAGCAACACGCUUUACAAAAUGUACGUAGACGGCCGCCCCAAAGUAGUGCGAGGCGUCACUCGCGCGGAGGUAAGCGUGAAGUUGCGUCUGGGCAAUGAAGUGUUCCUUGUUGAUGAUGUACCUGCUGUGCUCGGAGCUGUGAUGGUCCCUGAAGAGCUUGUGGGUCGCUACGUUAUUGUUGAGGGUGACCGUGGGGAGGACCUCGGUUGCAUUGCUUCCGUUUCUCACUCUGGGGCGCGGUCGGCAGGUGAUGCGUCUGAAGCUGGCCGCCGACUAGCCCGUGUGCUACGUGAGGCGACCGCUGAGGAACUGGAAGCCUUUCAACGCCUGGAUGAGUUGGAAGAGAGCGCACUGCGCUUCUGCAGGGCAGCGGUACAGUCGCUGAACCUCCGCGUUCCGCUGCAGGUGGAGAGGGCGGUGUUCCAGUUCGACCGCAAGAAGCUAACCUUCACGUACUCCAGUGACUCCUACGUGGAAUUUAAGACCCUUCUCCGCGCACUCAAUCGCCAAUACCAAUGCCGCAUUUGGAUGCACCAGUUGAACUGGGAUAUGAACUGCAGGGAUAAGAGGCAAUCAGCAGGUGGUGAGGGCGAGGGCCGCAAACGGUCAGGUUUGAAGGACGAAGGCGGUCGGCGCUGUGAGGCGGGCGCGGUAGCCGCUUGA